UGAACGAUCUUUUCGUCAUAAACAAUCUUUGAGGAAGCGGCGUCAAACAUGGCGGAUAUUUCAACAAAACGUGAAAAUAAUCCCGAUGCAUCAAUUGAUUUUUCUCCAAGAACCAAGAAGACAAAAGUAGACAACGAAGAUGGUCGAGGAGAGAAUAGAGAGCAAGCUGAAAAAAAUGUUCUUUCUACUUUUCAAACCACAACCGUGUUGAGUGAUUCUGCCAGGGAGAAAACAAUCUUCGUCCACGGAAAGUUUGCUGACCAGAAUGCUGUAGUCAUUCUGGAGAAGACUCCCAUCAUAGAAGACACCCUGUCUGAAAUAUUCACUGCAUCGACCUUAAAGCUCGAUUUAAAGAAUGACAUCUACAGCACCUAUCGGCUCCAAGCUCCACCUCACCUUAACGAGAUGAAGGUGACUGUGGUGUGUCCAGCCACUGAGAAGCAUGUGAAGAAAUACCAGCGUCAGGAGAGUGUCCUGGUGGAGGAGACACCGGACGACUACCAAUCCAUCACUCUUCCCUUCAUCCAAAAUCAGAGUUUUAGUGUGCAGUGGGUAUAUAACAUCCUGGAGAAGAAGGCUGAGUCUGAGCGGAUAGUGUUUGAAGAUCCACACCCUAAGCUUGGUUUUGUCCUCCUCCCAGAUUUCAAAUGGGACCAGAAACAGAUGGAGAAUUUGUACCUAAUUGCCAUCACACAUCAGAGAAACAUCAAAAGUCUGAGAGAUCUGACAUCAGAGCAUUUACCACUCCUUCAAAACAUUUUCCAGAAAGGAAAGGAGGCAAUUCUGCACCACUACAGCCUCCCAGCCAGCAAGCUGAGAGUCUACUUGCACUACCAGCCGUCUUACUACCACCUUCAUGUCCACUUCACCAAGCUUGGUUAUGAUGCGCCAGGUUCUGGUGUGGAGCGUGCACACCUCCUCACAGAUGUCAUCCAGAACCUUCACUCAGACCCACACUACUAUAAAACCAGGACUCUGUCAUUUCCCCUGCGGGCAGAUGAUGGAUUGUUCAGCCAGUUUCAGCAAAUUGGGAAGUUAUAAUGCGUCACCUGUGGGUGACAAGUUGCUAUCCAGUCAAUUUUUGUACUUUGAUCAAGUAUUUUUUCUGACUAUGAAACUCAUUCAAGGGUCUUCUGCAGUUGUAAUUUUAAAACUGCUAGCUCGCAGGUGAGUAUGUAUAUUUUGGCUGCAAAAAAUAUGUAGGAGUUUUUGUGGGCAUUUGUCAUGUUACAACGUAAAUCAUUGAAUAAAUGGUGUAUGUGCCUGUUUUC